AUGAAGCAACUUAUGAUGGAGAGAUUCUUGCUGGAUGAUUAUGAGCAGAUUCUAUACAAGUUGUAUAUUGAAUGCGUCCAAGGUACGAGGACCGUUGCUGAGUACACUGCUGAGUUCUUACGCUAUUCUGAGCGCAAUGAACUAGGAGAAACUGAAGAAGCUUCAAAUCUAGCAUUGAAGGCAGAAUUGUUAGAGAAGCCUUCACGAACUUUUUCUUUCCAGAGAUAUAACUACCAAAGGAGCACAGAUUUGGUAAAUGCUUCAAUUGACAAGGGUAAAGCCUUGCAACAAAAUACAGGAAGUGCUUCUAGGGCUUCCAACCCCCCUUCUAAAUGGACUGGCAAUUCUAGCAGUUCUAGUGGUGCUCCAAAUAGGGCCCCAAACCAGAGGCCUACAACAGAUAUCUGCUAUAGGUGCAACAAGCCUGGGCAUAGGUCUAAUGUGUGUCCUGAGAGGAGACAAUCUGCCCUUCUAGAUGAUUAUGAUGAAGAUGAAGAAGAAGUUGGAAGAGGUGAUGAAUAUGAAGAGGUUGAGUUUGCAAUGGAGGAGUCUCCUGAGAAGGUUAAUAUUGUGUUGCAGAGGAUCUUAUUAUCUCCUAAGGAAGAUGGGCAGCAGAGCAAUAUUUUCAAGUCACUUUGUUCCAUUCAUAACAAAGUGUGCAAUCUAAUUGUGGAUAAUGGGAACUGCGAAAAUUUCGUAGCCAGGAAGUUGGUGGAGUAUUUGCAGUUGCCUACGCAGCCUCAUGAUACACCUUAUUCUCUGGGGUGGGUCAAGAAAGGUCCACAAGUUCGAGUUGCGGAGUCCUGCAAAGUACCGGUAUCCAUUGGUAAGCAUUAUAAAGAUGAAGUUCUAUGUGAUAUUAUUGAUAUGGAUGCUUGUCAUAUUUUAUUUGGGCGACCUUGGCAAUAUGAUGUGGAUGUGACAUACAAAGGCAGAGAUAAUGUGAUGAUGUUUAUGUGGAAUAGUCAUAAAAUUGCCAUGGCUCCUAUUUAUCAAUUUGAGAGAUCUGGUGUAAAGAAAGGGGAGAGUUUUCUAACCUUGUCUAGCAGUGAACUCGAGAUGGAGGAAGCCUUUAAAGAAUCUGAAGUUAUUUGUCCAGUGGUGAUUAAAGGGUUGUUGACUGCAAAAAAGGAAGAUAUGAUGAUUCCUAAGGAAGUGCAGAAUAUGUUGGGAGAGUUUGAAGAGCUGAUUUCAGAUGAGCUGCCCAAUGAGUUACCACCUAUGAGGGACAUUCAUCAUCAAAUUGAUUUGGUUCCUGAAGCUAGUUUGCCAAAUCUACCUCAUUACUGCAUAAGUCCUAAAAAGAAUGAGAUUUUGAGGGAGCUGAUUGAAGACUUGCUAAAGAAAGGGUUCAUUCGUGAAAGUAUGAGUCCUUGUGCAGUUCUAGUCCUCCUUGUUCCUAAGAAGGGUAAUCAAUGGCGGAUGUGUGUUGAUAGCAGGGCUAUAAAUAAGAUCACUGUGAAGUACAGGUUUCCUAUCCCUCGUGUGGAGGACAUGCUUGAUGAGCUGGAGGGUUCCAAGGUGUUUACCAAGAUAGAUCUUCGAAGUGGUUACCAUCAGAUUCGAAUCAAGCCAAGGGAUGAGUGGAAGACAGCCUUUAAGAGCAAGGAUGGCUUAUAUGAGUGGAUGGUGAUGCCAUUCGGGAUGUCUAAUGCACCUAGCACCUUUAUGAGGCUCAUGAACCAGGUUCUUCGUCCUUUUAUUGGUUCUUUUGUCGUGAUAUAUUUUGAUGAUAUAUUGAUAUAUAGUAGAACCAAAGAACAUCUGGUACAUUUGAGGCAGGUUUUAGGAGCCUCACAGGAAAAUAAACUGUACAUUAACCUGAAAAAGUCUACUUUAUGCACUAGUAAGCUGUUGUCUGGAUUUUGUGGUUGGAGAGGAAGGCAUUCAGGUUGAUGAAGAGAACGUACGAGCUAUAAGAGAAUGGCCAGCUCCAAAAACAGUUUCUGAAGUGCGGAGCUUUCAUGGUUUAGCUACUUUCUACAGGAGAUUUGUGAGGAAUUUCAGUACCAUUACUGCUCCUAUUACUGAAUGUUUGAAGAAAGGCAAGUUCCAGUGGGGAGAAGAGCAAGAGAAGAGCUUUGCCUUAAUCAAGGAGAAACUUUGUACUGCACCAGUUCUUGCUCUUCCCAACUUCAACAAGGUGUUUGAGGUGGAAUGUGAUGCUAGUGGCGUGGGAGUAGGUGCUGUGUUGUCAAAAGAAAAUAGACCAGUAGCGUUCUUUAGUGAAAAGCUAAGUGAAGCUCGACAAAAGUGGAGUACUUAUGAUCAGGAAUUUUAUGCAAUGUUCCGAGCAUUGAAGUAAUGGGAGCACUACCUUAUUCAGAGAGAGUUUGUAUUGUUCAGUGAUCAUCAGGCCUUGAAGUACCUU